UACCGAUAAACAAAUAACUUUAAUGGGCAACAGAUGGCAACAAAAAUUCCUCAGAGCAUACAGUUUGUAAACCAUUUUCAGCUAUCCCCACCCCCGCUCGCUAAUUUCCAGUAGGUCAGAUGUCCUUGAGUCUAACUCCUCCAUAAAUCGAACUCUAAUCUCCUCAUUUCUUUUAUUUGCAUGUUAAAAAAAAAUAACAUCCAAAUCAGUGAAAACGUAAAAACACAAACCACAGUGAAAAUAAUAAUAAUACUGAUUCAAAAGGAACACAAUGCAUGUAUUCUUGGCAAUGAGUGAAAAUCUGCUGACAUGGCUUUUUUUCUUUUCUUUUUUUUUUCAAAAUAUUCAAAGAAAAAAGUGAAAGAGAAAUUCAGUUUUCCACUUUUUCUCCAGCACACAAAAAAAGAAAAACUUCAGUAAAUCAAAGUGUAGGAUCUGACUUCAUCCGUGAUAUCUGUAAUAAUCUGUGUGAGCAGCUGUGCGGAGCGGCAUCAGGAUUUCAUGCUUUUAUUCGAGCGAGCCUUCAGGACCAUCAAGUUUAAACCACGUUAAAAAUAAAUCAAAGCAGCUGUGACAUACAGUGAGAGCUCAUGGAGGCUGACUCAUGACGGUGACAUAAUUGGCAUACAUAAAGGAGGUUGUGUGUGACCGACCUUAAGGCUUUUGGUUUCUCCUCUCUCUCUUUUAUGCCAUCACAUGCAAGUUAAAAAAUAAAACUCCUAAAAACUGCCAUCUGUACGAAUAUAUUAAUGAAGAACUAUAGCAGCAGAUGUAUGACGUUAAAUCUGUUCAGCAGCUAUCUGUGCUCUUAAGCAGCUUCGUAGUGUUUUCUGCGGGUGUGAAUUCUCGCUGAUCGACGACCAAUUCUUGAGUCUAUUUGUGCAUUAGUGCUGAAUAUUCAUGUCUGUGUGCUGUACAAAGAGCAGUACACACAUAAAAGUGAGGAGCCAUUGCAGGAUAACGCUUACAUCUCGUACACAUGCUUGUAGGUUUUUUUCAAAUACUGGCAGAUCUUUUUUUUUUGUUGUUUUCUGUGACGGUUAAAUUGCAAAUGAGGCAUUUUUGAAAUCAUAAAACAGGCACCAAAAGAAAGCACGCACUGUACUCUGAGCACAAAACAAAGCAAACAUUAUUUCCUGUGAAAUGGUUUUUCCCUUAAAAACAAAAUUCUCUUUCAUGGGUGACGAUACAACAAUACACUAGACCACCACGGAUAUGGUGCAUGUAUAAUUUAGUCAUAUUCUUUUUUAUUAUCAUAGCUAUUAUUUCGGUUCUUGUGCAACUGCUACAUAAUGACUCACAUUCAAGAUAUUUUGUCACUCAGGAACAGCUAAAAUGUAUAAAAACAAACGAACAAACAAAAAUGUAUACUGUCAGAAAUAAAAUAUGGUCCAUGUUUGUGAAUCAUAACAGAAACAUUGAGCCUGAAAAGGUCACCAUUAUUAAAACUGGAUAGCAUGACAAAAAAAAAAAAAGUACUUAAAUACUGUUCAAAGAACAAAAAUAUAUCAUAAUCAUACUUCAAUGUUACAAACACCAGCUGGUAAGAUUAAGUGAUCACCGGUGAGUUUUUUAUCUUCCUUUUUUUUUCUUUCAUUAACAAAUUAAAUACACAUAUUGCAUGUCACUAUAGCAACGCCCAUUACAGGUCAAUUUUUACGAUCACCAUUUUGGUAUAGCAAAUCAAAAACCAUAACAAAAAAAUAAAUUAGAAAUUAGAAAUCAACAUUUGACAAAGCCUGUUUUUCUCAAUCAUAUGAAUACUUAACACCCACAGUAUAAGUUAAUAAAGUCAAGCUACUGUAUAUAAAUACAUCACCAGCAUGCACAAUAUUGAAUAAUCGAUAUUAUUGUUGUCAUCAUCUUACACUGAAGAAACAGUAUAGUAGGCAAGUGCAUUUAAUAAAACAAACACAGAAGUAAACCACAAACUCUGAAGCUGCUUUUAUUUAUUUUUUUGUCUUUUUUUUUUUUGUUUGUUUUGUUUAAUAUCGUUAAGUCUCUGCCUUUUAUAAUCUUCACCUCCAAAAGAAUCUAUGGUUCCAGUGACAUAACAGACUAAUCUGUGAGAUGCCAGAGAUACACUUUAGACAGAAGGUAGGGGAUCAGGUUUUUUUUUCUUCUUUUAUUAUUAUCCGACCUCAUUUUACCUCCAAUAAAAUCCAUUCUCUAUUUUUACUCUUUUUUUUUUUUUGUCGGGUGGAGAUUAAUCGGUUUAAAACUUUGUCGUCGUUUGUGUGAGAUUAAGAUCGAUCGCUCUCAGGGCCCUUUUUCUCAUUUUUAGACUACGACUGGAACCAUUGCAAACUAGUUUUUGUGAGGCAUUCCCAUUCAAGCAUUUUCUCUCUCAAGUGACUCAAAUGCAUCUCUUAUCACGCAAAAACCUAACUAAGCAGCUUAUCUUGACAGAACAAGAUCAGUUCCUAUGCCAGUGUGAGGCUGCCAUUUCAAUCCAACAACAACCACUUCAGGCUGAUUGACUGACAUUUCAGUGGUUUUGGCAAAUGUCAAAGAGAAAAUCAAGAAGACGGAGGCCCCUUUCAACUGUAUAUAUAUUUCUAUAUAUAUUUAAACUAAGAUUUAACCUCCACUCUCACCUCUCUUUUGAUUCUUUUCUUUUAACACAUGGAAAAAUAAAGAACUGCUGCUGCGGUAGUUUCAUCGGCAAAAGCGGCUGCCAAAGUCCACCGGCCCUUCAUAUAUAUUUUUUUUCGAAGUGUGGUUUUUCUUUAGUUGUUGCCCUCCCCUCCCUCGUCAUCUUGCUGGUCACUUGUCCACAGUGUCAAGUUGUCUCGGAGCAGCUGCAUGAUGAGAGUGGAGUCUUUGUAGGAGUCCUCGUUGAGGGUGUCAAGCUCGGCGAUGGCGUCGUCGAAGGCGGUCUUGGCCAGAUGACAAGCCUGCUCCGGGGCGUUCUGGAUCUCGUAGUAAAACACAGAGUAGUUGAGAGCUAAGCCCAGGCGGAUGGGGUGGGUGGGCUGCAUGUGCUCCUUGCUGAUCUCGUGGGCCUCGUUGUAGGCCUUCUCCGACGACUCCACCACCGUGGCCCUCUUCUCCCCCGUGGCCACCUCGGCCAGGUACCUGUAGUAGUCGCCCUUCAUCUUCAGGUAGAAGACUUUGCUCUCGUGCUGCGUCUCGCUGCAGUUCUUGAUCAGGAAGUUGUCCAGAAGGUUGAGCACAUCCUGGCACACGGCCUCCAGCUCCUUCUCAAUCUUCUCCCUGUAGGCACGCACCAUCUCAAUCUUCUUCUCAUUACCGUCGGCCGAGGUCUUCUGCUCAAUGCUGGAGAUCACCCUCCAGGAGGAGCGGCGAGCCCCGACUACGUUCUUGUAGGCGACAGACAGGAGGUUCCUCUCCUCGUUGGACAGGGCCUCGUUCAGCUCUGUCACCUGAAAGAAGGAGGGACAGGACUGUUUAAUCACCAACUCAAGAUCUCAAGCAUCAGCAGAUGCAUCAACAUUAUACAAAUGAGACUAUUAGGACGCUUCGUCCAAGAAAAUCUGGCAAAACUGAAGAACUGGCGAGUCUUUCGGCCAAUCAUUUUCUGGUUCCAGCUUCUCGAGAGUGAGAAUAAUCUGCUUAUCUUUGUUGUACAUCACUGCAGAAAAGGACAGCUUUUAGUUUUGGACUAUCUGAUGGGAGAAAAACAGCAAUUAUGGGAAGACAUAUUGAAAAGUGCUCCAAUAUGGCGACCAAGGGACAGAGACUGGACAGAGCCUUCUCUCUCUCUUUUCCUUGACUCCUCCUGUGAGGUUAAAGGAUGAAAUUCAGGGACCAACAAUCGGUUCUUUUAAAACUACAAUCAGCUUUUUUACCCGUUUCUAUAACCUCGAAAAGACGCAUCGACUAACGGUCAAGAAAACGACUGAUGAGUCCGUUAGAUCAACUUUUACAUAUUUCCCCAUUUCACGGUUUCCACGCCGAUCCAUUCAUUUAGUUCACCAGCCGCCAUGUGGACUGCUUAUGCUAGUUCGUGAGAGACAUAUUCAAGACGGUCUUUGGCAGCAGGAGGGAGGAGAGGUGGGGUGAAAGGAGGACCGGAGAUGGCGAAAUGUUCCCACGAGCCCUUCAGGGGCAGCUGCACUGUAAGUGAAAACCAUCACUGCACAGCGGGUUCACAUGUCCCAGUGACCUUCUCUCCGGCUCAAACUGACCUUUUUACCUGUUUAAAGCGCCACAAAGUGACAUCACCCCGAGCACGACUGUUAAAUUUAGACCCUGACGGAUCGGUUUGAUAGCUGGUUAGACGGUGUUACUAUAAAAAGACCAUUUCAGCCACAGUUAUUUGAUAGGAAAGGCAGCCUUGUGUUGGAAGAUGGUUUCUAACGGAUCAAUAACUGCACCGCGAGUGAACCUUACGCAGAAAAAGAAAGCCAUGCUCAGCUUUCACCAAACCCUUAAACUGCUUUGAAUCUGAAAAGCUCCCCUCUUGAUGUGCAGACACUUCUUAUCCUGCAGGUUUGACAUUUUCUGCUCGGUUAGAGGAGCACAAAGAUGGCGCAGGAUCACCGGCGUCGCUCUCACACUCGCUCACUCACUCACUCACAGAGCGGACGGAGAGGUGGGGGCACCUUCCUUCUGUUUGCUCAGCGCUGUGACACAGAUGUAGGGACACACAUGGAUGAAAUUUACAGUGAAACUGAGAUGAUUUCUGCUGUUUUUAGGUCAUCGCUCUGAAGUGUAAUAAUGCUUGGAAAGCUAAUACGACAAAUAUUAAUGCUUGUUGGUUUAAAACAAGCGGAAAAGUCUUUAUAAAUAACUGAAUUUUUGUGGAUUUUAGAUCUUUAAGUAGAGAUUAACGCCUUCAGGAGUUAAGGUUAUCAAUCAAUUAGGAGAUCAAUUGAUUAAUCCGUCAUUUUUUUGGCAUAACAUGAAGCUAAAGUCUCUUUUUUCAGCAUCACAAAUGUAAAAAUUCAGGUUUUGGACGUCAGAUUGGAAAAAGAUUUAAAGAUAUCCCUAUUUUGGGGGGUGGGGGCUGCAGGUUCAGGUUUAGCUCAGGUGAUAGAGCAGGCACUACAUUUACAGAGGCUGUAGUCCUCUACACUGACCGUGGAAUUAGUCCUAACUUGAUUUGGUGCAUGUCAUUACACCCCCCAAUAGUGUCAUUGUCGUUGUCAUUUCUGGCUGCAAUGGCAAGGGAUUCCCUUUGAUUAGAGAGUGAGAGUACACACCCCUGCAAAAAAGGGCCCGCUUUGGACCGCACUGACAUGGCAGAUUGUUUAAAGGGAAAGGAAUCCCUCCACACACACACACACACGCACACACACACACACACAGUAUCCCACCUCCUGCAACCAGAAACCCUCGAUGACAAACAAUCUCACUCCAUCUCCCCCCCUGAAGGAACGUAAGACUAAAUGUUCCUCUAAAGCACGCAUGACGACUUCAACCUAUAUGUGAGGUGUCACACAGGCCCGGGGUGAGACUCCCAGGGUGCUUUGGGUUCCAGUAUGAGCUGGUGUGACACAGCAGUUUUUUUUUAACCCGUUAGUGAAUCCACCUCCCUGAAUUUCUUGAGAGGGCAGAUUAGAAAAAAAAAGAGAAAAGCAGACAAAGGCUCUGUCCUCAGCAGAGGCCAAUGAGAGCUUUGAAGGCUCAUCUAGAGGAGGGCCACUCAUGUCAUCCUCAUUGCAUCAGAUGUUUUAACACAUUUUCCGGCUCCUUUUACUCAAAAUGAGUCCAAUUCGUCUGAAUACGAGGACAGAUCCGACACAGGAGCAGCACAUGCACACACCGAGAACAAGAGGAGACAAAGCCCACAAAUGUGCUCAUAUUGCUUCACUGCAAUAUGACAAAGAAUAUUCUAGAGAGAUUCUACUGCCUCCUACGUUUGUUCAGUGGAAAGAGCAGUUUAAGGCUCUGAUUUUAUGGGGGCAUCUUUCUAUGUGGCAGCCAUGCAUAAAAUAACUCAAGAAAGCAGAUUUUUAUGAUUUAUAUUCUUUAAAAUAAACGUGACAAAGAGAGGAGGGGGAGGAGGAAGGAGGGAGGGAGGAAAUAGGAGCAGUAGAUGGGCUUUUUCCGAGCAACCUCACAUGGCUCCAAGCAGCAGAAACAGCAGCAGCUUUGGUGAAAUUCAGCAUUAUGGAAGAAGGAGGAGAGGUGGGGUUGGUUUGAGAAAGAAAGGGGGACAAAAAGCAGCAAAUGUACUCUGAGCUGUGACAUUACAUGACAUCAGGCUCUCAUUGUGAGAGAUGAAGCUCAGGCCUGUGUGCGUUUCAUUGUAAUGUCUCUUCAUUGAACGAGAAAAGGCACCGCCCAAUGAGUAGACGAUUUGGACUCGACAAGGGGGAGAAAUGGCGAUAAGCUGUGGAUGGAUUGGCGACAAGACAACACAGACAUCACACAGUAUUUUCUCCUCGGUUUCGACUUGAUGUGCAGUGAUAUAAAGCCGGUGUAAGAGCAGAAUUACAGCCAACACAGCCGAGAUUGCGGGAGCGCCUUUACGCACGGAGCGCGCAGCUGGAACACAUGAUCAUCCACAUACAUGAGCAGAAAAUCUCACAUCUGAGUUUGAAUGGACUUACCGAUUUCAUAGCAGCUGCCAUAUCAUCAUAUCUCUCAGCCUGUUCAGCCAGCCUGGCUUUCUGCACCAGCUGCUCGCGAUCGACCAUUUUUUACACGAGGUUUGGUUGCUUUUUGUCGAGCUGCUCUACUUUGGGUUUUGGGGAUGAAAUGAUUGAUAUUUUUAAAUCGCAAUGCAGUGAAAUCCUACGCGAACCUAACGCUGCAGCUGUUCCCUGCUGUCUGUCUGUGCUCCGCGCAGACGGGACACCCUCUCCUCUCUCUCCUCUCUCCUCCCUCACCCCUCCUCCUCCUCUUUUUUUUUCCUCCCCCUCCUCCUCUUCCUCUUCCUCCUCCUCCCUACACUCUCCCUCGGCUGCGUCAUCACUCAGAAAGGUGGGUGUCUGUGCCAAUGAUGUAACACUCCAUACAAGGGAAGCAGAGGGGCCAGGCUUUCAGGGAAUGGGUGGAUGGAUAGGAGCAGCUGUACCAAAGGCCUUGUGGGAAAUGGAGUCCACUUGAGCCAGGGGCAUGUUCCCACUGGUGAUAGGAGGAGGGCCAAGGUGAAACAUAUUUGAUCCAGGUGGGCGCACUUCCUGUGGGGGUAAGGGGGUUGAAAUCUCAUGGAGCUGAUUCAUCUCCAAACCUGUAUUUGGGUUUACUCGCCGUCUACAGACCACAGGGGUGUUCUUAUUUUGAUUGACUGUAUAAACUCUAUGUAGUCAUAGUGAAGUCACCCAGUAGUUUUCCAAAGAGGAGAGGCAUCAUGAAGCCCAAAGAUGGAAAUGCUGACUCUACAAUACUUAUACACAUAGUUUAAAGGGAUAUUCCAGAGUAAAAUUAAUUUUAACACCGAGUUAGACACCCUGUCGAGAGAUGAAUGUUGCUGACUGCUUGUCUCUCUAGUUAUACCAACUUUAGUAAUGACCGCACGAUAGCAAUACACAGCGGUCUGAGGAGCCACACACAAACUUCAACAAAAACGCCACUCUAUAGCCACAAAUAAUGCUCAGAACAGCACCUAACUUCAUCAACAGUACAUAUAGGGUCCCAUCCAUAGUAAUAGACACCGAACAUCUUUUUGGCUUUGCCUAAUUUCUUGCGCAAAGAGACUAAACACAACUCACUUACUCUCUUCCAGCAGCCAUUUGUUUGUAGCGAGACCUCUGGCUAGUCCAUUACGGACUACAGUGGGGUGACACAGCUCAAGGAAGAACAUUUAUGAUCAUUUCUUUAUGGAAAUGCAAUCAGACCGAGACACUAAGGCAGAAGACCUACCGCGUCUGCAGUGCAAAAUGAUUAAUAUGAUGAUUAUUAAUUCAUGGAAAUGAUAAAGAAAUGAUCAUAAAUGUUCUUCCUUGAGCUGUGUCACCCCACUGAAGUCAAUGCUGGAAGAGAGUAGGUGAGUUGUGUUUAGUCUCUUUGCUAAAGAAAUUAGGCAAAGCUAAAAGGAUGUUUGGUGGCUAGUGCUGUGGCUAUGGACCUUAUAUGUACUGUUGAUAUAGUUAGGUGCUGUUCUGGGCAUUAUUUGUGGUUACAGAGUGGCGUUUUAGUUGAGCGUGUGGCUCUCUGUAUUACUAUCCUGCUGUCGUUUCUAAAGUUGGUAUAACUAGAGAAGCAAGCGGUCGGCAACAUUCAUCUCUCAAAGGGGUGUCUAACUUGGUGUUACAGUGUGUUUGACCCUUAAUUUUACGCCGGAAUAUCCCUUUAAACCUACAGUACACCCAUUUGCUUGGGUAUCAGCAGUAAUAUUAAAUGGUAAAUACCCUCACUUAGCUUGACCAGCUCACUGUACUUCUGUUACCAAACCGCUCUAACGCUCACUACAUCAUCUUUCUGCACCAACAUUUUGGCUUCAAAUUUCAACACCAAUUUAUUUCCCAAGACUCUCAGUGACACCGUCUAAUUACCAGGGGUGCUACUGUUGUAAGCUACACUUUGACUGUGAAAUCCUGUCUGCCAAGAGGCCCAGUCUCCUGAGAUAGAGGAGGCCCGAUUCACUGCUCAAAGGAAGUGUGUCAGCAAGUGUGUGAACAAAACAUGGAGAUCUUUGGUCGUCGUCUCCAGACGGAAAAAAAUGGCAAACAGUGAAACAACCAGACAACUGUGAUUAAGUUGAAAAGAACAAAUGAUCAGGGGUGGCCAUUUGUGUUCACGUACUUAUGAGGACGGGGGUUUUGGUCUUGUGAUUCAGUCAUUCAUGCUUUCAUGAGGAGUUCCUGGUACUUUUCUGACUUUCUUGUUGUGCGUGAGUAACAUUUCACUUUCACAUCCUCACUCAGUGAAGGGACCCGCAGCAUGUUGCAAAAACAGACUUUUUCCUGUCCACAGUGAAAAAUAGUCACUUUAAAUUGAAACACUACAUUGGGCAUGUGCAGGUUAGGAAUUGGCUAAGAGAUAAGAUGAGCUGCUUUAACCACAGGGGGCGCCAAAAUCAACACAAAUGGAAAGUUCCUCUCAGGAGCUGUAAACCUACAACAGUGAAGCAGGACAUUAAAACAGCAAUGGAGGGUUAGUCUGUGAUAGAAAUGUCUCUUUUUUACCAUCUGAUGAAUUUUCAGAAGAAGUAAAAUUGUGAUUUUACAGAUGCUGAAAAAUGUACUUCUCCCAUCUUUGAAUAUAUCACCACAAAGAUGCAUCAGCACCUGAUCGAAGGAUUCCCACCCUGAUUUUGAUAUGAGAGCAAAGCACCACCAAGUCAAUAUGGUAAAAUAGAAAAGCCACAAUGUCAUUUUCACCUCAACCCCUCAUAUUUUUGCCAUAUUAACCUCUUUUUUACUGUCACGUGCAGCCUAAAUAAUAAUUCUGCUGUUUUUUUUAUCCUAAGUUUUUCUUGAAAAUGGUUUUGAGCCUCAAAAAUAAAGUUGUCUUUUCCUGUCUGCAGUGAAUUUUAAAAUCAUACUUGGUCACACAGUCACAGAAGACCUUUCUCAUUAAAUUCAGUGACCUUUUAGAGGAGUGUCAAAUCAGAUUAAUUAAGGCCAAGUGUUGAAUUUUAACAGCACUGUGCAGCUGGAAAAGCUGUGUUUGGAUUGCCAGAUUGACAUUACUCACUUUCCUCCCUCCUCUCAGGAUCAUUUAUUCAACUGCAGCAAUGUUUGGGCCUGAUAUCUGGAUUAAAGAUAAGAGCCAGAUGAUUAUUGUAAACAUAAUGUCCUGAAUCGACUGAUAUCCUGGUCUGUCUUUGUUUUGUAUUCUUAUAAACAUCGCUCUGUCCCGUAAACAGUGGAAUAAUCUUUUUUUUUUCUCUCAAUCCUGAUAUAAUUAUUUCUGCAGAGUAGCUCGCCGGACGCUCAUAAACUGUAAUCUGAGAUCACAGCACUUCCUGCCCUCAAAUGUUAGAGAGCGAUGCAAAGGGCAAACUCUGGCUGAGGUUGAAUUUGUGCAGCUGUUUCUGAAAAGCGACAGAGGGCAGAAAGAGAAACAUGAAAGAGUUUGAAUCCAGCACAUUUAAAUCAUUAAAUAUCACUCUUUAUAUGUGAAAUCUUUAUUCAAAUUUGCCUCAUAAUUCUGCCCUUGAAACCUCUCUGCGUGGCUCCCUCUUGUGGACAAAAAUGGUACCGAAAGUAUCAGAGGAUGAGACUUCAUGUUCUUGUUUUUUGAAGCAAGUCAGAAUGAAGCUGAAGAAAAUAAGGGCGUAGAGACUGGGUGAAGAUAAUUCUGUACUAAGAGUAAAAUUUAGCCAAGCUCAUCUGAUAAAUACUCAAAAGACAGAAACAAGAGAAAAAACAAUUAAAGGUUAGAAAUCUAAAAUGGUACAAACAACCUCAAAUCAAUAACUAAAAACUCAUUUAAAGAAAUUCAGAAGGUAAUGAAAGAAGGAUGAAAAUAAGGACAGUAGGUAUAAUUGUGGGUAUGAUACUUGGAGCACAAAUAAACCAAACAGAAGCUCUUAAAAAACAUGAUCAUGACUGUAAUGCAUUUAUGUACGCUGUUGGUAAAUCCACAAGAGCAAGGUCACAGAGGGCUGCACAAAGCAUUCACAAUAAGAACAAAAACAAAAUAAACCAAACCAGAAAUAAACUGCAACACAAUUGCAUCAGACAGACAAAAGCUAAUUUGGAAAAAUUAAUCCUAAGCUGCUCUAAGCGUCUCUAAAAACAGCUGAUUGUCUGUGUAUCUGGAAGAGCGCCAGAGAGCCUGAGCCAGAAAUUUGUUGACACUUUUUAUUUUGAGUCCGACACGUCAAGUAGGGCCUGGUCAAGAAUCUAGCGGUGAUGUAGAGAUGUUAGUGAAAGGAAAGAGAAGUGGACUUGAGGCAGGGUAUCAGACGAGUUGUUCACAGUCCAAAUGGGUUUAGGAAGAUGCAAAGGGAAAAGUGUAAUGAUCAGGACUGACAUCUCAGGGUCCCAAAGAAGCAAAUGAGUACUUAAUUGGAUUAAGAACAAAAAAGUUUAGUUUGAAUAGUAAUUUUGAUGAUAAGAGUAAAAAAAACCUGGAGAAGUAGACCCUCAUAACUGGCUCCUCAGUUUUGUGGUUGGCACUAAUACUGUUCCUCUCAGCAAGCAAAGCCAGGGCUGGAAAAACAGGGGAGGCCACUUAUAUGAUAUCAAGAUGGUCUGGCUUAUAAAAAAUGAAUUUAUACUGGACCAUGCUUUUGAAUGACCACAAUAGUCCUCCAACUUAUGAACUUUGUGUAUUUGUUUACACUGACAUCUCACAGUAAGCAGGUCUUGUCUGUUUUCUCCUGUUACUGCUGCGUGGACGAUGCUUUUGAAUGACCAUAAUGGUAUCAUAAAAUGAGUCUUCUAAGUGGUGCAUUAGUUUAGUUUUUAGCACUGAGACCUCAGAGGAGUGUAGUGUUGUGUCAUUCAUGAAUGAUUCGUCCAAAAGAACCAAAUCUUUUAAGUGACUGUACUGAACCGAAUCACUUCGUCAAGUGAUUUGUUCAUUUCUCAUUUCGGAUGAGCUGUCAGCAGCAAAGCCCCACAGCACACAGGAUUGCUGGGUGAGCAGCUGGCAAGUGAGGGACGGCACACGCUGACGCCUGAAUCACUUGGUGAACGAAUCACUCAGUGAACUUCACUCUCUGUAAUCCUUUUUGUCUGAGGGAUACACUUUGAUGGUGACCGUUGUUUCAAUAGAUUUAGUAGAACACAGCAUUUAACAAGUAGUGAAUUAAACCCGCAGCUGAGAAAUGCGUGACUCGAUCCUAUCAUUGGGGUAAUUCGCGAGGGAACAGUGCGUGUUCAGUGUGAAUUCGUCACUGAAUGUACUGUGGGGUAAACGUUCAGUGAAUGAAUCACUUACUGAGCCCAAUUUACUGAGUAGAUAAAUAGGAUAUCAUAGGACAGUACAUUUAAAACCUCAUGAUUUCCCCCUGUAGUCCCUUCUUGUGAGUUUUUCAGACCCUGUUUCCCUCAUGUUCUCAGUGUUUUAUUCUUUAUAUCAGUUUUCAGUGUUUUCUGUUUUAUUUUGUAGUAGUUGAUCAGUUCCUAGUCUUGUUUUACUCCCUCGUUUCCCUGUGUGUGUGUGUGUGUGUGUGUGUGUGUGUGUGUGUGUGUGUGUGUGUGUGUGUGUGUGUGUGUGUGUGAAUAUGUCUUUUUUUUUUUUCGUCUGCAUUUGGGUCCUUUCCCUUUUUUUUCACCCUGGAUCGUCACGCUACUGCUCAAAAAGGCCAUUGGUUAAAAUUCAGCAGUUUUAUUGUACUUCACAUCCCGUCACAAUCACACACUGAUGACAGAGGCUGUUACGUGGAGCCCCAUCAGUUUUGACUAAUUCCAUUCACGCACCGCAGGGGUCAAGAGUCUUGCCCAAGGACACUUUGGCGCAUGAACAGCCCUGAGAUCAAACCCCCAACCCUCAGAUUGACAGAUGACUAACUGAGCCCCAGCCGCCCCUUGAGGCAAGAGUUCAUGGAGAGUCAAGAGACAAAAACAACAGCUGCCUCCUCAUCCCUGAAAGUAUCGAGAAUACUUAUUUGAGGGUAAUCUGAUUACUGAAGAAAAAAGCUAAUCUGAUUAUCUGUUAUCUUAUUACUUUGAAAAUACUCAGACAUAUUUCACAUCAUUAGUAAGUCUAGGUACGAUCUCAAAAUUAGAUAAAGCAGUUUUCUCCCAAUCAGAUUAGUUGUGUUGUUUACAAUUUUCAUUUUGCACAGCAACACUGAGGCAUCAACAUGAUUGAUCCCUCAUUUUCAGGGGGUCUGAAGACGCUAUAGUCUUUCCUUAUCGAUCAUAAGUGUAGAAGAUAUUUAAUAAUCGAAGGGAUGUCUUUUCUGGAGGUUGAGAAUUUCUCAUGAGCUUCUCAAACUCGGCUGAUCUGACAGAUUUUGGUACCCAGCUUCUGCUUCACUUUGUUUUUCUGAACCACACACAUUUCUCAAUCCUCUCUCUCUCUCGCUCUCUCUCUCACACACACAACUCCACGCACACUCAAACACACAGAGAAUUGUUAAACCGUCUCUUCCUCUGCAGAAGCAGAUUAUCACCUGCUAACCUGGCCGGAGGUCAACAGAGGAAGUGUUGACUUUCAGUGACGAGUAAAGUGGGUCAAGUCCUUGUGAAGGUGGAAAAUACUGCCUCUACACCUAAAUAUGGGUUUAUGUUUUAACAAAUUUAAAUAAGAGCUGAUGUGGUUUCAAUUCAAGAUUAUUUUAUGUUAUGUGAGAAUUAAAGUUUUUUUUUUUUUACUUUUUAACAUGAUGUAUUUGCGAAGACAAGACAUUUAAGCUUCUGCAAAAGGAGUUUGUUGAAAUGUAUUCUUACAUUUUGACUUGAAUUUUAAAGGCUUUAUUUCAGGUUGUAUUAUCUUUAGGAGGAUUAAACUUUAUAUUUUACAGUUUUGACCUUUCUCCAUAAAUUCAUAUGCCAGUUUUGAGGUCAAAAGCUGUGACUUGUUGCAAAAACCUCUAUUCCCAGGACAUUUUCAAAGUUUUUAAAAGUUUCUUGUUAAUUUUUAUUCCUCGGUUGUGACUUUUAAACUCGAGUCAGCCCCACGCUGAGGUCGUGCUAUCAUCUGACCGUGAUAAUGUACUAUAAGUUCCCCUCGAGCCCGUUUAAAACCAUUAAACUCCAAUUACGUUACAUCGCACAGCCUCACAAAGCAACAUGCAGAGCUGAACUAAUGAAUCGUUCUUCUGCCUUCAAAGAGGAUUACUGCUCCUUCUGCUUAGCUUAGUUACUUCAAAUUAGGAUAAGGGUAGGGACAGGUCUGCCGUCUACAGAAGCCAUCUGUCUGCCAAGUGGAUGGUCGAAGAGUUGGACGCUUACUGCUGCUGUCAAUGGAGACAAGUCUGAGUUUGGAUGUUUUGAUAUAUCCAGAUGAAGUGAGGAUUGCUACACCAGAAGAUAUCAGAGAAUGGGAACUUGAGACUGCGAGCCAGGUGUCCAUACCGACUGUCAGGCUCUUUGUGGCUCUUUAUCCGUACAACCCUGCUGCCAUGUCGCCCAACCAUGAGACGGCUGCUGAGGAGCUGCCGUUUGUACCAGGCCAGAUCAUCAAGGUAAAGAUAAAAUGUGAUUUAUUUUGUUUUUAAAUCUAGUUUAAAAGUUUUGUCAAAGUAAGUGACAUACAUGAUGCACUUAUAAGGCCAAAGCAUGUGGAGCUGAUACCUUAUAUGAGUUGUACUUUCUUACUUCCUUGGUUUAAAUCUGUGAAAGAACACUUCCUGAUUGUGCUCAGGGUGCUGCAGAUUUUUUCUCUAUUUCCUGCCACUGUUUCUAACCGGUUGGUUUGAUUUGCCGCCUUUCUCCUCCGACCUGCUGCGGUCUGUUAACUCCCCUGUGCAUUUGUUUGUUUGUCACACCACAGUUUCAGAGAAAAUAAAAGUAGCUGCUUCUGCAUUCUGCAGGUAUGUGGAGACAAAGACUCUGAUGGUUUCUAUCACGGGGAGUCUGGUGGGCUCUCAGGCUACGUACCGAGCAACAUGGUGGCUGAAAUCCCCGUGAAUGAUGAGUACCUGAAGUAUCUGCUCAUGCAGCAGGGGUUCCUACCAGUGGACCACACAGGUACAAACCCUCUGGGACUCUGGGCUUUAUCAGUAACACAGAGUUUAAGAUCAUAAGUGACAGGAUGGUUGGAUGAAAACGUUCAACCUGAUCAAAUCUUCAAAAUAAAAACUCACCUAAGAAGACAUGCAGCUAAUAACUGCAUCAGAAUAAAUAAUGACACAUAACAUGGAUGGACUGCAAAAUUAAAGGUGCAGUCUGCAGUAUUUAUCAGACUUGGUAGAAACAGAACAGACAAACGAGUAACAUACAGUGUGUGUUUCCUAUUCUUAGUGAGUGGCUGCUGAAAAGUUUGAUGACAAAGAAAAGGAAAAACUUGCUUAACUGUGAAUUAUACUUUUUUUUGUAUCACUAGAGAUUCUUGUUCUUGAAGGCCUCUGUUUCUUUACAGUAAGAGAGGUGAGCAGAGGAGUUAUAUUCUAGAUUCUGAUGAGUAGUUCGGGUUUAAAUAUUCUCAUUUCUACUUUUUGUUUCUUUUCAACUUAGAUCGAGUGCAAAGUUAACAUCAUAAAGGUACAUCUUAAUGAUGAUAAAAGUCAAAUUAUGAUUGAAACAAGAAUGAAACAGGAAAAUUAAACACAUAAAAUUUAUGGAAAAAAGGAAAAAAUAUUGUUGUAGAAAAUGUUGCAGCACAAAAACUCAAAAGAAGGUUUUCAAAAAAGUUUCAUCAGGGAAACGCAUGCUGACUUUAGAUUAAAAUAAUGUGACAAAAAAACAAAAUUGUCCUUUAAAUUUUGAUAAAACAGUCAAAACUGAGUCACAGUGUUUACCUUUUUCAACUUAUCUUUGGUAUGAUGCUUUCACUGACCUGUGCGAACACUGACUCUCUGUUUUAGCCUCAAAGUUGUACUUUUCCAGGAUGUUUUUAAUACUGAAUGUUGUAUUAUAGAGAAGUGAAGUGUCUAAUUUGAAUAAUCUGAAAACUACAAGCCCACGUUUGUUAAACACCAUCAUCUGUGUUAUAUUUGUCAGGAUUGUAUUUUUUUUAACCUGCCUUAUAAUUUAAAGGACCUCUGACCAUUAUAUGAACAUAUACUGGUUUAUUUUUGUCAUAUCUGCAUGAAAGGUUGGUGAUCAUGAGGGUCUGAUUUGUGUCUUUUUCUGCCUGCAGGUAUGUCUAUAACGCCAGCGUCGAGUGACAUCGUCAGUAUCCCUGAGGAUGUCAUCGUUCGACGGAUGGUGGCCUUAUUCGACUACGACCCCUGGGAGAGUUCACCCAACCUGGACAGUGAAGUAAGCACCAUACAUAUUGUAUAUUUUGCCAUUUUCCUUUUACAAUCCAGUGUGAUCUUAUGCUUUUAAAAGUGAUAUUUUUAUUCUUUUUGUCUCUUUAGGCUGAACUCGGCUUCCGUUCAGGAGAAAUCAUAUAUGUGUUGGGUGACAUGGACCAAGAUGGAUUUUACUAUGUGAGUGUCACUUUUACACCUUAAGUUCAAAAACUUCUGUUUGAUUUUUCCACUUAUCUAUACUUCAUCUUAUUUCAGGGGGAUUUGCACGGACGGCGAGGUUUGGUUCCUUCAAACUACCUGCAGCCGUUACCCUGGAAUUAGACGAAAACGCCACGUUAGGAUCUUUGCUUCAAAUGCCAAGUCUUGGACACAGUGAGAGAGCCGAACUUUUUAUAGAAAUCAAAUGUAACUUUAAAGUCUUUGUGUCAAAAUGAGUUUUUUUAAAGGGUUUUAUAUUGUAUCAUAGCUGGAUUACAGCAACAGAAGUUACUGGAGGUUCAGGAAAAAACAGCUGACUACCUUAAAAGUGCUAGUUUAUGGGUCAAAGUAAAAACAGAUUCAAAUGUCGUGUUUAUUGGAAAUUUUAAUGAAAAAAUUAGAAAUCAUUUGGUACAGAGAGUCUCAGUGGGUAUGCAUAUUAAAAAUCAAGACAAAGUGAAAUCUACCAGGAGAGAAUACCUGAGGGUGAAAGACUGAUGCAUUACUUUAGCCUUAUUAACGCAGCUUUAGUCCCAGUUCUUUGCAGACCAGCUUGUACAUAGUGUAUCCUCCUUUGCCUUAUACCCUGUUUUUAUAUUUUCUAUUGUUGCAGAUUCAUUUUUUUUUAAUCACAGAAUAUUUAGAAAGAAAGUUUUCACAGUUUUCAGUGAUUUUUAAGUCAAAAACACAGAACAGAAACUUUGUACGAAGGAAACGAUUCAUGUGGUUUUCAUGUUAGAAAUGCAAAAACUUUAAAGAUGCUAAUAAAUCUGAGUUUUUACAACACCUAAACCAGCUUUCUCUCUUGUUCUAGUUUGUGGUUUUAAUAUUUUACUUUAAACCGUGAGUUUCUUAAAGCUGAGCACAAUGCAAAGUUAACAGAAGAGAGGUUUUCACGACGGGUCUUCGAGCUUGUUGUUGAAGUCUUCUUGUUCCUCUGCCGCCAACAGUACACUCAUCCAUAAAGUAGGAAACACUACACUGUGUAGUCAAGUUUAGUAGUGCUUUCUACUUUAUGGGUGACAACACUGUACAUCAGUAGAUCCUGGUCGCUCCAACACGAAGUCUUCAAACGUCCAUCCUCAUCACUGUACAAUUUUAACUGAGAAAUAUUAAAUCAGGUACAUUCACAGUAAUAAGAACAUAAAAGACACACACUUAUACAAGUUAAUGAUACAUCUCCUCUUAAAGUUUGAACAUGAAAAACAAAAGAAAGGCACAAAGAUAUCAGCUGUCAUCAGGUCCUCACCCGUGUUUGAGCUCCAGAGAAAAGAG